AUGGACCAACAACAGCCAAAACGAGGCUCAUCUCUAGACCAAGAGAGAGAGCCCUCAACGCCAAGUGAGAAGGGUUGCAACGAUCUCGAACCAGCUCCUGAUGGAGGCACACAGUCUUGGCUUGUUGCUGCCGGAGGCGCCUGCGUCUUUUUCUCUGCGUUGGGUUUCUCAAACUCCUUCGGCGUGUUCGAAGAGUACUAUCUCGCGCAUCAGCUGCAAGGCGAGACAGCGAAUAAGGUCGCCUGGAUCGGGUCGAUGGCAACAUUCCUCCAGUUCGCAAUUGGCGCUAUUGGGGGACCAUUGUUCGACCGGUUUGGUGCAUGGGUUAUCCGACCCACCGCCGUCGUCUACGUAUUCGCUAUCAUGAUGACGAGUCUCUGCACAAAGUACUGGCAAUUUAUGCUCGCGCAGGGGAUCCUGUUGGGUGUUUCGAUGGGGUUUCUGCAGUUUCCGGCCAUGGCUGCGGUAACGCAGUACUUCGAUAAGAAGCGAGCCGCUGCACUAGGGCUAGUAACAGCCGGAUCGUCCAUCGGCGGCGUGGUCAUCCCCAUUGCGCUGUCCAAGAUGCUGAACGGCACGAGUCUGGGUUUUGGAUGGUCCGUCCGGGUCAUGGGUUUCGUGCUGAUCCCUCUGUUGGGCUUCGCAAGCCUCACUGUGCGGCCUCGUCUGCCGCCGCGAAAGACGACUUUCUUCGUCGGAGCCGCCUUCAAGGACUUGCGGUAUGAUCUCAUCGUCGCUGCGUUCUUUUUCAUGCUCAUUGCCAUGUUUGCGCCCCUGUUCUACAUCCCCACAUAUGCCGUCUCAAGAGGCGUAGAGGCCACUCUCGCCUCGUAUCUGCUGGCGAUCGUGAAUGCGGCCUCAACCUUCGGCCGCAUCAUUCCCGGCGUGCUGGCGGACAAAUUUGGUCGCCUAAACGUCUUCGUGAUCGGGGGUUUGGCCACUGGGAUCGUGGUCUUCUGCUUCAACGAGCCCACGUCCACUGCAGGUCUGGUUGUUUACUCGAUUGUUGUUGGCUUUUCCUCAGGGACAAUUAUCUCCGGGUGUGCUGCGGCGUUAACGGUUUGUAUCAAGAAUCCCCAGGAGGCGGGUGCAUAUAUCGGGAUGGGAAUGGCUGUGGCCUCAGUGGCUGCUCUGAUAGGACCGCCGGUCAACGGUGCACUCGUCGACCGAUACGGCGGGUUCUCUCAGAUGUCUAUUUUCAGUGGCGUCAUGUGUCUUGCUGGCGGAUUCAUUGCUCUUGGGGCAAAAGCUGCGACGCCUCAAGGCGUUUGGGGGAGAGUAUAA